AUGGCUAAAAUUGACAUUGAUAAUUUGAUGCAAAGGCUCUACAAUGUUGGAGCAGGUGGUGGCCGACUUACUCAAACGGUUUCCGAGCAAGAGUUACAAGCAUGCGCCCAAAUGGCAAAAGAGGUUUUCAAAAGCCAAUCUUCGCUCAUUGAAAUCGUUCCUCCAGUAGUAGUCUGUGGUGAUAUUCAUGGACAGUAUUCGGAUCUCUUGAGGAUUUUGGAUAAGAAUGGUUUCCCUCCUGAUGUCAAUUACAUUUUCCUUGGAGAUUAUGUUGACCGUGGUCGCCAAAAUAUAGAAACGAUCGCUCUUAUGUUUUGCUUGAAGAUCAAAUUUCCAGAAAAUUUCUUCAUGUUAAGAGGAAAUCAUGAAUGCCCUGCAAUCAAUCGUGUCUACGGGUUUUUUGAAGAGUGCAAUCGUCGAUACAGAAGCCCACGCUUAUGGAACACCUUCCAAGAAACUUUCAACUGGAUGCCUCUUUGUGGUCUGAUCGGCAAUCGUAUUCUUUGUAUGCACGGAGGACUUUCACCCCAGUUGAACAGUUUGGAUCAACUCAGAACUCUUGCUAGGCCUCAAGAUCCUCCUAAUCCAUCUAUGGGAAUAGAUCUCCUUUGGGCUGAUCCUGACCAAUGGGUUAGAGGAUGGCAAGCUAAUACAAGAGGAGUAUCAUACGUUUUCGGACAAGAUAUUGUUAUGGAAAUGUGCCAGAAGCUCGAUAUCGACUUAAUAGCUCGUGCUCAUCAAGUUGUACAAGACGGUUAUGAAUUCUUUGCUUCCAAGAAAUUGGUAACAAUAUUCUCAGCCCCCCAUUAUUGCGGCCAAUUUGACAAUUUCGCAGCUACGAUGACGGUUCGAGAAGACAUGGUCUGCAACUUCUUCAUAUACAAACCUACUAAUAAAGCAAUCAAAGCUCCCAACACUUAA